AUCAUCUCUAUGUUUAGCCAAUUCCACACGGAAGCCAUAUUGUUUUAAGGUCUCGCGCUGCCCUCUGGCGGCCAUUUUAGUUUAUUAGGCACUUUAGCGUCGUUUUGUAAAUCACCUGAGAUUCAUUCCUUAUCUGAUUUCUUUUCGUCUUUCACUUGUAUAGCUAGUGAGGUCUGAAAUUUCAAAGAAAUGACCACCUGCAUUACUGAAGACAUUUCCAUAACUUCAAUUGACUUGUCAGACAUAACCAGCUCGUCGUCCAUUUCUGAUAAAGUCUGUGUGCACUGGGGAUGUGAGCUUAGUUCCAGCCAAACCGCAGCUGUAUUUGAGGCAGAAGAUGAUCUUUUGGAGAACCAGUUCUUCAUAAAAACAAUAUGCCUGAGUGCACAGGCAAGUGAUGAGCUGCAUGUUGUUGCUGUAUCUGACGGAGUUGGCGAGUCCAAGCCUGUUCCGAUUGUGACCCUACGUCAUUGUAUGCCCAUGGUUAGCUUUCCUGCCUUGGAGCUCAUGCCGCCUGUUACCUUCAAUUUAUGUUCAGGCACAGGGCCGGUGUUCAUUUCUGCACAACACAUUACACUUAAUCCGACUGAAAACACAGAAGAAGAAGAAGAAGAAGAAGAAGAAGAGGAGGAGGAGAAGGAUAGAGGAGAAAGCUUCUUGAUUGACGAUUUGACAGACUGAACUAUCAAUCAAAUGUGUGGAUAAAUUUCACCAUUUUUUAAGAUCAAAAUGUACAGCUCGGCUGCGUGGGUUCAGUACAGUAUGUGUACUUAAAUGAACGUGUAUGAUGUUUGUGAUUCAGAAUCAAAGAAAUGUGUAAAGGAAAACAGAUCCAAAGUCUUGCAGUAUACAGUAUUUAGGCAGCAGGUCGUGAUGUUAUUUGUCUGUCCUUUUUUUUUUUUUUUUAAAGAAC